GGGUGAUCGGCAUAAAAGAAGUCAUUUGUUCACUCAUUCAAGCAGAAGAUGAGGAGCACUUUCAGUUGCCUUAUUCUGGGUAUUGGAUUGGCAAUACUCUAUGCAGAUGGACAAGAGCUUCAAGAUCUGAUACCGAAGUAUAAACCAUACGAAUGGAGACAUCAAGAUUAUGAAGAUUCAAGAUGGCAUUAUAGACAACCCUACAGGCCACAAGAAAAGUUUCAAGAUCUGAUACCGAAGUAUAAACCAUACGAAUGGAGACAUCAAGAUCAUGAAGAUCAGACGUCACCUAAGGAAGAAAUUGGUGGGACAUUUCAAGAUCAUGAAGAUCAGACGUCACCUAAGGAAGAAAUUGGUGGGACAUUUCAAGACCUUCACAUGCCAAUCAAUGAUAGUGAUAAUGGUAAUAGCAGUAAUGAGAGAAGAGACAAUGGAUCACAGGCUUCUUCUAAUGUUUCAUCUGAUUAUCCCUUUGAGAAAGGAUACAGGAUGGUUCAUUUGCCAACAUCAAAUGUCACUAUUUGUGAGAAAAUGGCCUUUCACUGCCAGCAAGAUUUAGGGAAGGAAAAUGUCAGUUUAAUUUGUGAAAAUGAAAGGAAACCAGAAAACGGUGUCAAUUGCUCGAUGAUGGGGCCUGUCUUGAAGCUGUUGACAUCUCUCUGUGCGAAUUAUACACCUACUGAAACCUACCUGAAAGACUCAGUGGAUUUCUUCAAAAAUGUUUUUCACAACCAUUCCCUCUGGGAUAUCAACACAAAGAAGACUUUUGUCACAUUUUUGCCCUUGGUUAUUGAGGGAAUAAGCUCAGUUGCACUAUCAACAGCUCUUGCAUCUCCAGAAAGGCAACCCCGGACUGUGGUUCAAAACUCCAUAGUGAUCCAAACAAAUCUCAUCAGUCCAGAAUCCUUUGCAAACAAUGAAACCUUCAUGUUAGAAGCUCAAGGAGACCAAAUGGUCAUUCACCCCAGAGGAUUGAUUGCCACGAGAAAAAUAACAGGUAUUUCUCUUUCAUAUCUUGCUUGGUUUUUUGAAAGAAAUGAAAUUUUACUGGAGAAUGAAAUGCUGAUGAAUGUUCAUGUGAAUUCUAGGCUGGUAAGCGCUUCCGCCAGUAGCAAGCCAAGGAACAUUUCUAUCCCAGUCAACCUCACUUUUCAGCACCUCAAGAAUAAAGUUGCCCAGGAAAGAGUUCUCUGUGUCCACUGGAACUCUGGUGCCUUGUCCCGUCAUGGUUGCCAACAGCUCUUUUCUAACACCACUCAUUCAGAAUGCAGCUGUCAGUAUCUGUCCAACUUUGCUCUGCUGAUGGCCACAACUCAUAAACAAGGAGAUCUAAUCCUGUCCAUCAUUAGCUACCUUGGGUUGUCCAUCUCAGUCAUCUGUCUCUUCCUGUGUAUUGCCACAUUUCUCUUUUGCCGCUCCAGUCACAACAGCAGCACCUUCAUCCACCUACAACUGAGCCUCUGCCUGUUUUUUGCUGACCUCCUCUUCAUAGCUGGAAUAGAUAAAACAGACAACAAGAUCCUGUGUUCGGUCAUAGCUGGAAUGCUGAAGUAUCUCUUCUUGGCCUGCUUUGUCUGGAUGUUCUUGGAAGCUGUCAAUCUCUACCUCAUUGUCAGAAACCUGAAAGUUGCAAAUUACAGUGGGGCCAGCAAGUAUAUGAAGAUAUCUAUGUACCUUUGUGGUUAUGGGCUUCCUGUCCUGAUUGUAGCCAUUUCUGCAGGAAUUAAUCCUGGAGCCUUUGGGACACAAUAUUAUUGCUGGCUUAACCCAGAUUUUAUCUGGAGCUUCAUGGGACCUGUCUGUGCGCUAAUUGUGGUCAACCUAGUGUUAUUCUGUCUUAUUCUGAAGAAUUUGCAUGAAAAACUGGCCUCUCUCAAUUCAGAGAUAUCUUCAGUCAGAAAUACCAGGUCACUGAUAUUCAAGGCCAUAGCCCAUGUGUUCAUCCUGGGUGUGACUUGGUGUUUUGGCCUCUUUCAAUAUGGCCUUUUGGAUGAGUUUAUGGCAUACCUGUUCACCAUCACCAGUAGUGUGCAAGGAGUCUUCAUCUUCCUGGUGCACUGCUUACUCAACCAAAAGGUGAGAGAAGCUUACUGGCGUUGGAUUUGCUGUAUCAAAGACAUCAAACCUCCUGUUUCUGAAAUGACCGUGACCUACAUCAGUAAUCCUUUGGCAAAUGUACCAAGUGCUGAUGCAGUGGAUAACCAGAAGGUGGGACAGGGAGAAGAACCCUAGCACAGUGUCUCUCCUUUGGACUCUUUGUUGAGUUUGAACAAAACUGAAGAAAAUUAGAAUAUAUUCAGCCAUUUUUUAACUCUUUCUUUUCUUGUUGAUAUCUGGAGCCUCAUUGGCUCCAGAAUAUAGUAGGGUACUUUUUUUUCAACCCAUUCCCUUUUCUAACCCACUUAACCAGGAAUGUGGUAGUUAAAGAAAAUAUACAGGGGGCAGCUCCCCUGCUUGCCACUAGGUAGAAUAUGUCUACUUGAACCUAUCCAGUGGGGAGCCAACCGUCUUUCCAAGCAAUUGGGUCAACUACUCUUAAUGAGAAGAACCUCAUAACAUUCCACUGGAAUUUACCUUUCUGUAACUUAGAUUCAUGAUUCCUUUCUUCACGUUCUGGGAAAAGAGAGAACAGGUCUUCACCUCCUUCUUUGUAGAAUCCUUGCAGGGAUUUAAGAGUCCUAAAGUAACCCUCCAUUUUCUCUUCUCACUGCUAAAAAGUCCCAGUUCCUUCCACCUCUCUUCUUAAGAUUUUGAUUCCUGACUCAUAAUAAUCCUCAUUGCCCUUCUGUGACCCUGCUCCAUUUAUUUUGAAUCAUUCCUGAAUGUGGUGUCCCAAACUGGACACAGCGUUUCAGGUGGGAUCUGACCAAAGCAGAAUAAAGUGGAAUGAUUACUUCCUGUGAUUUGAGAAUCAUGAUGCAAUUUAAAAUUGUAUUUGUCUCAUGCAGCAGCCAUUUCACACUGCAAAAUCACAUUGAGUUUCUAACUCCUGUUGCAAGAUCCUUUUCACAAGUAUCAUAACCAAGCCAGUAUCCCCCUUUCUAUUUUGCCCACCUGAUCAUUCAAAUGCAUCUUGAUUAUUCUCUUUUUAAGGAUGAGAAUACAUUUGAUCAAUAUAAGGAAUUUUAUACAAUUAAGAAUUGUAAUUCUUGAUUGAAAUCCUGUGGAUAUAUUUUUCAAAAGGGAAGUUCACAAGAAUCAUGUUAGCUUCAUACCAAUUAAGUGAAUAAUUCCUGAACAAAUGUCACUGGAACUAUUUGUGGCACAGGAUUCCUUUCCAAUAUAGUUUGUAUGUUUUCAUAAAGUGACCUUAAAUAAAACCUAUAGGUAUCAUUACAGUUUGCUAAAAUUGUGCUAUAAGAAUUAUUCUUUUUCUAGAUGGUGGGGUUGGAAGAAAGUUGGUACAUACUACAUUAUAUAUUAGUUCUUUUUGUAGAAAGUUUUUGAAGAAAUUGUGACUAUCACCCAAUAAUUUUUCAUAAUGAAUUUUGCUGUUGGUUUAUUUCCAUAUUUGCUAAAUUCAUGCAUCGCUGUAAACGGAUUCAACUGUUUUUGUUAGCUGCCAGGUUUGUUAACUGCAGCAUCAGAUUUUAGUGAAUUAGUAGGAUUUAAAAGCAUGGGAAAUUACUCUGGCUGAAAAAUUAACAACAAACAACUUUAAACAACUCUAUAUUAAAGGAUGAAUUCAAAUAUCUUUUCCAUUAUCAUCUAUAUUACAAUAUUUUCCCCAGUAGAUUAACUUCCUGUGUAUGAAUUCUGGAUAGAAAUAUUGAAUAAAAUGUUUUUAUUUCAUAGAUAGAUGUUAGAUCGAUUGAUUGAUCGAUUGAUAGAUAAUGUUCUAUUCAAAGGAGCACUUCAUUUGUGAAAAACUUUAUGCUAAGUGUCAUUCUUCAAACCAUCAAGAUGACUUCAUCUUCCUGAAGAUUUGACUCCUUCCCAAAUUACUCAGAGAACAUACUUCUACCAUGAUUAAGCUGGUUCUUCAAGAAGAACAUUUUGUUUAGGACACUGUUAAAAGGGCUUUCUACUCCCCAUACUUAUUCUUUUAAAAAUUUGGUUCUAGGUUUUUAUCCUUGAUAUUCUUUUUUUUAACUAAUCAUAUUGAAUAUUUAUUUUGCUCUAUAAUAAGAAUGUUUAAAAAUGCAUUAGUUAGUUGAACUUAAUAAUUUCACUGGCUGACAUUAAUAUAUUUAUUAUUGACUUUAUUCUUCUCCAUUUCAGGGCUAUUAUAAAUGUACAAUAAGAAAAAGAGAUUUACUUUUACAUUUCUGUAUGUGCUUUGUAUAACACUGUAAUCAGCAAAGACUUUUAGUGGUUAACUAAAAAAAAAACAAAAGCUUCAGGGCUAUAGUCCAAGUUCAUCCACACCAUAAUGCAGUGUUUCUGAACCUCAUCAACUUUAAGCUGUGUGGACUUCAACUCUCAGAAUUCCCCAGACAGCAUGGGGAAGUCCACACAGCUUAAAGUUGAUGAGGUUCAGAAACACUACCAUAAUGCAUCACUCACAUGAAUUUGGGUUUUGGGAUUCCUUUUACAUACAAGUCACAGGGUUCACUUUACCUUUAGGUAGAGUUAAAGAAAUUUUCCUCAUAAGUUUUGCUGACAGAAUUUUCUCAGAAAACUGUAGCCAGUUCAAGUGCAUCAACCCUUGUUGCCUGCUUUUGUCAUAAUCAAAGCCACCUUAUUGAUCUGUGUUACUCAAAAAACAUACCUAGGAUACAGUAUGAUGUGGCUGAUGAUGGUAAUUUUAUUCCUUCCGGAAUGCCUUGUAUUAUUUUGUAUCUCAUUCCAACUCUCAUGCCUAGUGUUGAUUGUCCUAUUCUGUAAGGGUUUACCUCACAGCCCCUUACCUUCUAAAAUCCUCUGAUGCUUAGCCAAGCUGGGGUGCAACCUGAACCAGAGACCCCAAGGUCCCACAGAUCCCACUCCAGGGACCUACAAGGACCAGAUGUCCAAGAAGUUCUUCAUUAGAAGAUGCAAUCACCAGGCAUCAGCAGGCCAUUAGAGCAGCUGAAAAUCACAACUCCUUUUCACGUGUCAUCAUUCUGUAACUAGCAUCUAUUUUGAAUGGAAAGGACUUUCAUUUGUAUUUCUACUGUAUAUGAGUAGCUUUUCCUUCCUUUUAAGCAAUAAACCUACU